CUCGUGCUCAAUUCCAACACCUAGCUGCUCGCCGACACCCACAGUCUACUUUUGCUGUGUAUCAGCCACUUCUGCUAUCAUGGUCGAAGUCUCUACACUGGGGCCUAUCGAUCCCUCCUCUGUCCCUAAUCUGGAGGCAGAGAAGGAGCGUCAAGCUCCUUGGAUUAUGCGAAAGCUCGUCGGGUCUAUGACCGGGCGCAUUGUUAUGUCGUCCUACGAGUCCUUCAGGGCCGCGGGGACGUCCGUGGUCUGCUUGUCGCCGUGGGGAGACUCGUCGCCCCUCUUGCUCCCUUGCAUCCGAUUUCGAGAUCUGGCCGUGCACGGCGUAAUCGCUGCUACGGGCGGUACCGCCGCCAUCGCCGCGCCCGUCAUGCACGGGCCGCUCGCGGACAUGAUCGUCAGCACCGUCGGCGACAGCAUCCUCGUCGAGCUCAGCAUGGAGGCCGGCUUCAAGGGCGCGACGAGCCUCGCGAACGACCUUGUGUUCGACAAGACGGCGAAGCUGCUGAUCCCGCUGCACGCGGGGAUUUUGGAGACGACGGGCGUGCAGGUGCUGACGAUCACGCUGAAGUAUAAGCAUACGAGAGACGAUGCGGCGCUGGGGUUCUUUAGGAGUAGUGUACAUGAGGAUCCAUCGCUCUUUGCUUCGGUUUUGGAUUAUCUGGCAGUGGAGAAAGGUUGGUUCUCGCCCUAUCUGUUUGCGAGUGGUCGACGACCAGCGAUACCGAGGACGAUGAAGCCCGACGUGGUAUUUUGCCAUGGGCCUUUCUUGAACGGUGAUUACCAAGUCGGAAAAGCGCUCCUUACCCAGUCUGCGCUCGAGAUCAAGUUCUGCGAGCCUCCGCCACCUUCUGAGGAGGAAGAAAAGCCGGCAGAGAAGCACGACUUUCUCUCGAUGCCCCAGAAUAUCCCGUCCUUGUCCUCGGUGUUCUCUCGCUCGCGGACACCGUCCCCGGAACCAGCCUUGGCUGUCCCAGAGACGCCUAUCCCACCACGACGCCUGGUGAUGGUGGUCUUGGGCCUGAAACCCUUCCGGUCUAUCUGGUCCUCGAGCGCUAGGCCUAGCGAGUCGGUGAUCAAGUACGUCUUGUUCAACGGAUGCCCAGCAAUCGUCGUCCCAGCGAAAGUUGGCGCACCGCUGGUGGCAUGGAACACAUUGACGCUGGAGCAACUAUGGAAGAUACCACUUCCAGCGGAGGACGAUGAAGGCUCGACCGACAAGACGAAGCAAAAGGGAGACAAAUUCCGGGGCGUCGUGGAUGUGCUGUAUGAGUAUAUGGAUUUCUGCAUCGACUGGAGCCGUGUGGAGGUAGCAGAGGUGCAGGAAGAAGAGCAGAAGAAGAAGGCGGUCAAGGACGCGAUCGCGUUGCUCGUGGCUGCGGCGAUCCGGACUGGGGAUAGCAAGGAAGCAAAGAAGGAGGUCGAUGCAGACAGGGCGGGUAUUGCGAUCUGGAGGAUACCCUGAUCUACUUACUGUUGGUUGUGUACUGUAAUACCUGGGAACCUUUCAGCAGAACCCCUGCCAGUCCUUACA